UUAUAUACGAGAGGUCCCGGACCCGCUACCGAUCGUAUUUUUACUCACCCCUACCGAAGACCUGUAUGAAGGUGGAAGCCUGUUAGUUGUGUAUUCACUGGGGUCCUGUCAUCGGUUUUGUCGUUUGUUUCCCUGCAGAUCAUGCUCACCGUGGUACUAGGACACGAACCUGAGGCACAUGCUGAAAGUAGGAGGACCUCUUUAUCUGCACGACGCGUCGUGACGUGACAAAAAAUCAUGUCGUCCAGCACGAACACGACCGCAGCUCCGAUGUCCCCACGAGGAGAUAUUGCAACCACCCCGCACCUAUCCUGUGCAAAAGUAUCGUACUCGUACUCAUCGCAGUCAUGCAUUACAAAUCUCGUUUCCAAGCCAAAUCAGCAUGACAAAUUCCGUUUGUAAUGCUGGGCUAAUUUGUCAUGCGAUUGAUACUAGUACGAUACUUUUGCAAUGCAUAGCAGCAUGAUAACUCCUCGCAUCCCCUCUCCGACGAUGAAGACGAUUUCUAUAACGACCCCAACCGUCGCGCCCAGUUCCUCAUCCCUCUUCCCGCCUGUCUCUGCUGCCUCCUGCCCUGCUGGGCGAAAUUUUGCCGAAUUCCGAGUCCAGCAGGAGCGCAGACGGGUGGACAUCUCGAGAUAGGAAACCGCGACCGGCAACCGGUUUCUUCGUCUAGAAGAGCAUCAUCUUCAUCCCCGACAACUCGAACGACUUCUAGGCGGGCGGCCAGCAGCAACUCCUUCUGGACCCGUUUCGGCAACAUCAAAGUCUUCCACCACGCAAGGACGAACACAACGCUCUUUAUCGGCCCGAAUUACGGGUUUUCCAUCGCGUUAACCGUCUUCAUGCUCGGUUUGGCGUACCACUUCUUCUCCCGGUUCAUUCUGCUUCUGGGCAACCGGAAGAAAAGCCGACUGAUCAGGAACUUCGACAAACAGCAAAUCCAAAUCACCGCAUCGCGGCUCGCUGGACACAGGACUACUGGUGAUAAUUACACGAGCGUGAGACAAGAGAUGCAGGCGAGUCGCGCGCGGUAUGUGUCGGAAUUGACGGAGUACUAUGAGAAUUUGAAGACUUUCAACACAAUCGUCUUUGUCCUCCUGGCGGUUUUCACCCAUUAUUACUUCUUCAAAACCUGUUUGAGUGAUCCCGGUGUGGUGGCAAAUUUCGAAGACCGGCCGACGCCCGAGUUUGCAAGCCCAGAGGCACACAUCUGCUACCCGGAUGAAUGUCGAGAAAUGGUGGGGAAGUUGCGCGGAAGAAGUGAAGCCAGGAGAGUAGCUCCUGUCAGAAGGCCGGAUAGGACGAGUUUGGGAAACCAAAAUUCCUUGACCGUGCAUAGGGCGGUGGCGAUCCCGAUACCCGCAGUUGCUGAUGAAAGCUCACCAGACGACUUAAUACCCGGAACGGAAGCUGCAGAGAAGGACCUUGGAUCAGCACGUAGUUCAUCUUCUACAAGUAGAACCGCAGCGACCAAUAGCGGUGGGCUUGCGCUACAGCACGUCGGAAAAAAGCCCAAUCCUGAAAUCUCAGCUGGUGCAGGAACAACUGCUGGUGGGCCAACAAGAAUAGUACCAACAGACGAUCGUGGGAGCAGCUCGAGUAGAAGCGACACGACCAGAACAACAGCAAAUAACUACCUCGCUUCUUCGUCUUCCCUCCCCUACGUCUCCUACUGCAACAAGUGCGACCCUGACGGGAGCGUUUUGAAAGAGUAUUUUUACCCCAACGUGGCCAACAACGGCUACAACUUACACCACUGCGAAUUUUGCGACACCUGCAUACAAGAUUUCGACCACCACUGCCCCUGGACGGGGAAAUGCAUCGGGGCCGGGAACAUUGUGUCGUUUUACCGCUUUUUGUCUUUCUAUCCUGUGCAAAAGUAUCGUACUCGUAGUAAUCGCAGUCAUGCAUUACAAGUUUCUUUCUCAAGUUAAAUCCGCAUUACAAAUUUCAUUUCUCAUGCUGAGGAAAUUUGUCAUGCGAUUUAUACUAGUACGAUGCUUUUGCAUUUCAUACUUUCUCCGGUUGCACAAUUUUGUACAUGGUGGUGAUAGUGUUGCUGUUUGUGUGAUAACUUUUAUUAAAUAAUUUGAUGCAAUAUUAUCAAAUGCGAGCUCCUACGUGAGUGUUAUCUGCCUGGCAAAGCCGGUGACGACGACUAGUCCAAGAACAACUUGAAAAGAAUAAGAUGCACUUGCUGACGCCUGUAGCUCUUACCCACCUCGUGAUCUUCAUAAAU